UCAGCCAUCUCGGUAGCUUGAUAGAGGAAAUAGCCGAACCAAUAUAGCUCUUUAGACGCUUUAGUGUAUAUUAGCCACUGUGUUUUAAAACCCACUUCUGUCGUCUAGAUAGUUAUCCGAUUUAAUUUCAUAUUUACGUUGUUAUUGGUCAGCUAGCUGGCUUGUUAAGUUAGCAUUAGCCUAGCUAGCUAACUGUUAGCCCUCAUCCCCCGACCAUGAGUUCACCAAGCUACUCUCCUCUUGAUGAAGAGGAGGAGGAGGUCUGCUGGACGGAGAAAGAGGGUCUGUGGCUGAAUGUUGUUGUGAAAGAGGAGAAGGAAGAAGAGGAUGUCACAGUAACAAAAGUAGAGGAAGAGGAGGUUGUUACAGUAAAACAAGAAAUAGAGGGUGAGGAUGUUACAGUGAAAGAAGAGGACGCGUUCAGAGUGAAAGAGGAGGAAGGUAUUACAGUAAAAGAAGAGGAGGGAGAGAUAACUGUCAUAUUGGAAGAGGAAGAGGUUGGAGACCUGAUUAACACCAGAGAGAGACAAGUCUAUCGUGGAUCCUCUGGGGAGCCUCAACAACAUCAUGAUGCUGAUGAGGCAGAGAAGAGUCUCUCCAGAGCAGAAAACCUCAAGAAACCCCAGCAGAGACCCACAGGGAAGAAAUAUCACCACUGCCCGGACUGUGGGAAGAGUUACUCAAGAUCAGAUUCACUAAAAGUACACUUGAGAAUUCACACAGGAGAGAAACCUCACUGCUGCUCUGACUGUGGGAAGAGAUUCACCUCUUCAGCAGACCUUAGAAGACAUGAGAGAAUCCAUACAGGAGAAAAACCGUAUAGCUGUAAUCAAUGUGGGAAGAGUUUCACAACAUCUAGCCAGCUGACUAUACACCAGAGAACACACACAGGAGAGAAGCCUUACCACUGCUCUGACUGUGGAAAGCGUUUUCUUAAGUCAGGACAUUUAAAAUCACACCAGAGAACACACACAGUAGAGAGACCUUAUAGCUGUGAUCAAUGUGGGAAGAGUUUUACACACUCAAGCUGCCUGAUAGUACACCAGAGAACACACACAGGAGAGAAGCCUUAUAGCUGUGAUCAGUGUACGAAGAGUUUUGUUACUUCUAGCCGUCUGACUAUACACCGGAGAACACACACAGGAGAGAAACCUUAUGCCUGUGUUCAAUGUGGGAAGGGUUUUGUUACAUCUAGCAGUUUGAUUAUACACCAGCGGACACACAGGAGAGAAAUCAAUGUGGCAAGAGAUACUCUGGUAAAAAAUCUCUGAUUAAACUAUCAGAAAAUACAGCCUCCCGUGUGGCGCAGUGGUCUAAGGCAUCAGUGACAGUGUACUAGUCACGAUAUACACCCCCAAAGGGCCACGUCGUGACAGUGUACUAGUCACGAUAUACACCCCCAAAGGGCCACGUCGUGACAGUGUACUAGUCACGAUAUACACCCCAAAGGGCCACGUCGUGACAGUGUACUAGUCACGAUAUACACCCCAAAGGGCCACGUCGUGACAGUGUACUAGUCACGAUAUACACCCCCAAAGGACAACGUCGUGACAGUGUACUAGUCACGAUAUACACCCCAAAGGGCCACGUCGUGACAGUGUACUAGUCACGAUAUACACCCCCAAAGGGCAACGUCGGGACAGUGUACUAGUCACGAUAUACACCCCAAAGGGCCACGUCGUGACAGUGUACUAGUCACGAUAUACACCCCAAAGGGCCACAUCGUGACAGUGUACUAGUCACGAUAUACACCCCAAAGGACCACGUCAUGACAGUGUACUAGUCACGAUAUACACCCCAAAGGGCCACGUCGUGACAGUGUACUAGUCACGAUAUACACCCCAAAGGGCCACGUCGUGACAGUGUACUAGUCACGAUAUACACCCCAAAGGGCCACGUCGUGACAGUGUACUAGUCACGAUAUACACCCCAAAGGGCCACGUCGUGACAGUGUACUAGUCACGAUAUACACCCCCAAA